AUGACCCGUGAACAAGACGAAAAGGUGGGCAUCGGGAUCGACCUUGGAACGGCAUUCUCCAAAGUUGCAAUCUGGAACCAGAACCACGUCGAGGUCAUCUCCAAUGGCAAGGACAUUCAUGCCACCCCCUCCUUGAUCGCCUUUUCGGAAACAGGACUCCUCUUCGGUCAGGAAGCACAGGAUCGAGUUUCCAGGUACCCUCUCAACACUAUCUUCGAUAUCAAGCGUCUUAUCGGUCGCCAAUUCGACGACAAGGACGUUCAGUCGGAUAUAGAGCGCUGGCCUUUCAAGGUCAUCGGCAAGGGUAAUAAGCCUUACUACCGUGUUGCCUACAAGGAUGGAAUGAAGGAACUUUCACCGGAGGAGGUCACUGCCAUGGUCAUAGCCGAGCUGCAUCGGACUGCCGAGGCUCAUCUUGGAACCAUCGUCACAGAUGCUGUGAUUUCCGUCCCUUCCAAGUUCAGUCACGCCCAACGUCAGGCCGUCGUUAAUGCUGGAACGAUUGCGGGACUCAACAUCCUCAACGUCAUCUCGCAAGCCUCAGCGGCUGCCCUCGCCCUCGCCGUGGACAGGGCAACCACUACCGACGAAAAAAAUAUUCUCAUCAUUGAUCUCGGUGCCGGCACCCUAGAAGUAACACUCUUCUACUUCGAGCUCGAUAUCAUUGACGUCGUCGCCACAGCAGGCAAUACGCAUUUGGGAGGCCGGGACUUUGACAACCGCCUUGUCGACGAUCUAGUUCAGGAGUUCAAAUGCCGUAGUGGGCGGGAUAUAUCCUCCGACACCCGCGCCCUCGCUCGACUGCGAACUAUCUGUGAGCGUACGAAACGCACCCUCUCGGAUUUUACCGAGGCCACCAUCGACAUUGGUUAUCUCACCGCCGACAUCGACUUUUCCACCACCAUGACCCGCGCUCGGUUCGAGACACUCAAUCAGGAUCUCUUCGAAAGCAUAUUGGAACCAAUCGCACAGGUCCUUCGUGAUUCCAAAAGAAGAGGCGAGGUUUCCGUCGACGAGAUCAUCCUUGUUGGUGGGUCGAGCCGCAUCCCUAAGGUUCAGCAAUUGGUCUCGGAUUUUUUCGGCGGCAAGGAGCUCAUCACCACCUUUCAUACGGAUGACGCCGUUGCUCACGGUACUGCUAUCUACGCGGCGAUCCUUACCGGUUCUUUCGCGCCAAAGCUCCAAAAUAUCAUCCUUCUAAAUGUCGUCUCGCACAGCAUCGGAGUUGGGGAUGGAGGCGGUGUGAUGACCGCUGUCAUCAAGCGCAACUAUACCAUCCCCACCAAGAUCACCCACACAGUUUGCACUGAAGAAGACAACCAGACGCGUCUUUUGGUCCCUGUUUACGAGGGAGAGGGCUCGCGUGUCAAGGACAACACCAUGAUCGGCAUGCUCGAAAUCACAGGUCUUCCACCAGCACCACGGGGUGUUGCUCAGGUUGCGGUCGAUUUUGACAUAGACAUUAGAGGGACCGUAGGAGUUAACAAGAGCAGAGUGAAAAACAACAAUCCAAUGAUUACAGUGACCGGCCAUAUAUAUCAGCUGUCCAAAGAUGAGAUGGGGCGCAUGGUCCAAGCAUUUGAAAGCUACAAGAGCGUAGAUGAACGCGAUGUAGCAGAUUUUAGAAAGAUGCGAACUUCCUUCGACUGA